GAUGGCUCUCGCAGGAUGUACACGGGGGCGCUGAAUCGCAUCCUGAAUGAAGCAGAUCUGAUCCUGGAGGUGCUUGACGCCAGAGAUCCUAACGGAUGCCGUACAAAGCAGAUUGAAGAUUUCAUCCACAAGAAACGCCCUGAGCUGAAGAUCAUACUCGUUCUGAACAAAAUCGACCUAGUGCCCAAGAACGUACUUGACGACUGGAUGAAUUACCUCAAAGAAGAAAAUCACGUCGCAGCUUUCAAGGCCGCCACUCAAGUUCGGAGAGGAGACUCCUACGUCCAUUCUAGAAUCCAAGUCAGCAACGCAACGCACGGGCAGUUGAUGACUGGGAACUGCGUCGGAGCAGAAGAGCUCGUGAAUAUGAUCAAGGCCUUGACCAGACAAGAUUCAAGUUUUGGCGGGAAGGCGAGGGUCAACGUGGGAGUUCUGGGGAUGCCGAACGUGGGUAAGAGUUCUAUCAUCAACAGCCUCCUGCGCACUCGAGCGGCUCAGACGGGAGACAGAGCGGGGGUCACCAAGACCCUCCAGAGCUUGCACUUAGAGCGAGGAAUAACCCUGAUCGAUUGCCCGGGGGUUGUCAUAGAGGCAGGCCUCUCGGAAGCUCAGCUGGUCCUGAGAAACUGCAUCCCCAUCGACAAGGUACGCCCAUUGACUGCUCAUCCGCUCCCUGACAUUUCUCAGCAACUACCAGGAAUUCCUUCAGGCGCUCGCAAGAGUAUGCACGGCUCUUCACGCGACCACUUGACACGUUGGCAGAAACGAGGGAAGCUGUUCAGGGGAGGAGAGACUGAUGUUGAGACGGCCGCGCGUCAAGUGCUCAAGGACUGG